AUGGCAGCCAACCCGCAAUUCCUCAAAUACGUCGACGACCAUCAAGAUGAUUAUAUCAAGAGACUAUCUGACGCUGUCGCAAUCGCCUCAGUCUCUGGUAACUUAAGCUACGUCAAAGAUGUAGAAGCAAUGGGUGAAUACCUCGUCCAACAACUUACUGCCCUCGGGGCCACAGUCGAGAAGAGAGGUAUCGGUAAACACACCUUGGAAGGUAAAGAGGUAGACCUCCCUCCUGUCAUCAUCGGUCAAGUAGGCAACGAUCCCAAGAAGAAAACGCUUUUAGUAUAUGGUCACUACGAUGUUCAACCUGCUUUGAAAGAGGAUGGAUGGCUUUACCCUCCUUUCGAACUUACACCUGAUCCUAAAGGUUCCGGUAAACUGUAUGGAAGAGGUGCGACGGACGACAAAGGUCCUGUGUUGGGUUGGAUCAACGUCUUAGAGGCUCAUAAGAAUUUGGGCAUCGAACUUCCAGUAAACUUGAAAAUGUGUUUCGAGGGUAUGGAAGAGAAUGGUUCGGUGAACCUUGAUAAGUUCAUCGAGUCAGAGAAGGACAAAUUCUUUUCUGAAGUAGAUUGCAUGUGUAUCUCGGACAACUAUUGGCUCGAUACCAAAACACCAUGUCUUACCUAUGGUCUAAGAGGUAUCAACUACUAUGAAAUCAAGAUCAACGGUCCAGAUAGGGAUUUACACUCUGGUGUAUUUGGUGGUACGGUACAUGAACCUAUGACCGAUCUCAUUGCUUUGAUGUCGAAGCUCGUUACCCCCACUGGAGAGAUCCUUAUCCCAGGUGUCAAGGAGAUGAUUGCUCCUUUGACCGAUGACGAGAAAGCCAAAUUCGAAGCUAUCCACUUCUCGAUGUCGGACAUUCACGGUGCAGUCGGUGGAGAUGUGACCAUCUCAAACGACACCGUAAAGACUCUCAUGGGCCGAAUGCGUAACCCAAGUUUGUCAUUACACGGUAUCGAAGGUGCUUUCUCUGCUCCCGGUUCAAAGACUGUUAUCCCGUGUCAAGUGAAGGGUAAAUUCUCGAUCAGACUCGUACCGAACCUCACAGUCGCUGGUGUCACCGAGCACGUCGUGAAGUACGUGAAGGAGGAGUUCGCCAAGCUGGGCUCAAAGAACACCUGUGAUGUCUACUUGACCCAUGGUGGUGAACCUUGGAUCGCCGAUCCUAACCAUUACUCAUACAGGGCUGCUCACAAAGCUACUGAAGCGGUGUACGGCCAAACUCCCGAUUACACCAGAGAAGGAGGUUCUAUCCCCGUUACCCUCGACUUUGCAAACAUCCUCAACCUGAAUGUUCUUCUUCUUCCAGUCGGACGAGGCGAUGAUGGUGCUCACUCGACUAACGAGAAAAUCGAUACCAGCAACUAUAUCAACGGUACCAAAUUACUCGGUUCGUACAUGUACGAACUCGCUGCUAUCUCUAAGGAUUAG